UUCACGGGCAGUUACCCCGUGGCGACACCAAAAAGCUUCCCUUGAGGUCCCUCUUGUUUCUCUUUAGUCUUUAGUGUCCCCUUUAAACACCUCUCUCUAUCUCUCUCUUCUGCCUUCAAUUCGACAUAUAUUACGAAUCUUCACCAGGAUUUUGUGUACAGUGAUGAAAUAUUCUUGAACAUCGGUUGUUUAUGAUCGGAGACUUAAAGACGGCUGUUUUAGGGGUGGCGGUGGUGGUGGAUUAUGGCGGAGAUUUGUUGUGGGGUUGUGAGUGAGAACGAGGCUUCGCCGAAUUGCGACUCGAAUUCUCAAUCAGCGAGGCGUAAAAGGAUGGAGCUCCGCCGUGUUAAGUUUGUGGCCGGAGUAGCGACGCUUGAAACGGAGAACGGGGUUAAGCAAGCGAGAUUGUCGAUCUCCCCGGCGUCGUUCUCACGUGAGUGCAGCGACGCUUUCCAGAACUGUAACACUUCGGAAAUUAAACCGAAAACGGAGGACGAUGGGGUUGAUGUUGUUAAGCCUACGCCUUUAGUGGCUACAAUUUUGAGACCUUCGGGGUCUGCUGUUUUUAUUGACGCGGAAGCGCUUCCGAAAUUCGGUGUUGCGUCGGUCUGCGGACGGCGGAGGGACAUGGAAGACGCUGUCGCUAUUCAUCCUUCGUUUUUAACCAGUGAUGAUAAUCAAACGUCUAGUUUGCACUAUUUUGGCGUCUACGAUGGCCAUGGUUGUUCUCAUGUCGCAACCAGAUGUAAGGAUCGGCUUCACUUGCUUGUGAAAGAAGAGUUGAACAAAAAGGUGGAAUCGGAAUGGACGAAAACGAUGGAGCAAUGUUUCAACCGAAUGGACAAGGAAGUAAUAGAGUGGAACCAAGGCACCGUCGCCGGCAACUGCCGGUGCGAGCUUCAGGCGCCGGAGUCCGACGCUGUUGGAUCGACGGCGGUUGUUGCGAUCAUGACUCCUGAUAAGAUCAUAGUCGCAAAUUGUGGCGAUUCUAGAGCUGUACUUUGUCGGAACGGAAAAGCAGUGCCUCUAUCAAACGAUCACAAGCCGGAUCGUCCAGAUGAGCUCAACCGGAUUCAAGCUGCCGGAGGGCGAGUUAUAUACUGGGAAGGUGCUAGAGUUCUCGGAGUUCUGGCCAUGUCUAGAGCCAUCGGCGACAAUUAUCUUAAACCUUACGUGAGUUGCGAGCCGGAAGUGACGAUUACAGAUCGGGCGCCGGAAGAUGAGUGUUUAAUAAUUGCGAGUGACGGACUGUGGGACGUGGUGUCAAACGACACCGCGUGUGGAGUGGCGAGAAUGUGUCUGAAAGGGAAGAGACCGGCGGCGAACAUGAAGAAUCCGGCGGAGAGCGAAGAGUCGGAGUUGGGGAACUGUGACAGAGCUUGCUCUGAUGCAUCGAUGCUACUGACAAAGUUGGCGUUGGCACGGCGGAGCACGGAUAAUGUGAGUGUUGUGGUUGUCGAUCUGAGGAAGAAAUGAAGAAUGAUAAUGACAUUUCGCCUUGGAUGUGUUUCGACUUUUGAGGGCAAAAACUGAAAAAUGAAACUAUGGGGAAUGGAAUGUUCAUCUCCAUCUUUUAUGAAAAAUUAAGUUUAGACGAUUGUAAUUAUUUUUCAUCAACUUAAUUGGUUGUGCUUUCUUAAUUCUCA